GAUCGUCCUGAAAGUUGAACAGCGAGCAAGCAGAUGGAGUCCUGCAUGCUGCCUCCGUGGAGCGACAUUUCGGAUCGAUGUAGGAACAUGUGUUACGCCCUCAGCCGAUUUGGAUGCUCUACUUAGAACCAUGAAGCCAGGGGAGCAGCUGUGCUACACCCGGCUUCUUCACCUCAGCCUGCACGAAGAGCAUGUCGUGUCUCGCAAGCGCUGGCAUGCAACCAUUGGUCAGCAAGUUGGGGGCCGCAGGAGCAGGAAGAUCAGCUGGCUACUGCCGCAGGUGCCCAUUGGGAACCUGUGUACGUGGGUGGUGGCGAUUGCGGUGCUGCUGCAGGUGGUGUCGUUCUACUUCAGUGGCCCUCUGUCUCUCACGCUCCUGGGCUGGUGCCUUGUUGCUGAGCUCCUCUGGAAACUCUCCAUUGUGCAGCAAGAGUCGGUGUUGGUGGUUCACUCGCUGGGGCUGCAGGUAGAGACCGUCUGGCUCAGCGGCCGCAUUCACCGAACCUUUCUGCCCAUGGACCGAAUCCGCGCCGUGAUCAUCAACGAGGCCGUCCAUAGCCACACCUCCUUCUUCUAUCUGGCCCUGCUUGUAAACGACAGCAGCGAAUUGACACUGAUUUAUCGGAAUCUACGGCCACCUCUCAAAGUGUUGACAGAGGUACGGACUGCCGUUGAGCGAGCUCUGCUCGUACAUGAGCAGGAGCAACAGAAAGAGCGGCCUGCAUCGAUGCCAGAUUGACUGUACUCAAUCACUGACUUCAUUAUAGCAUAGGACUGCAAAGAGUAGGCAGGCCCAGAAAAGCAUACAGUACGCAAGCGCUUGAGGACCAGUAGCGAUUGGUUCUCGAACGAGGAACGAGGAACGAGAUCAAGGUUGUCCGACUGCGAUAAGGAUGCAAUAUGUCGUCAAGUUAUAAAGCUAUUCAACGUCGGACUCCGGGUAAAGCCAAGCUGGUCAUGCGCUCUGCAGCAAAUUGCUCGACAUCACCGGAAUUAUAG